AUGGCCAAAGGACUCGAUGAGCUCGUCGAGUGGCUCAUUGCAGAAAUAUCCUACUCUGGCGAGACUGGCUUCAGUGUCGACGACUUCAUCUCGGCCACCUCCAGGUACUACACUGGAAAAUGGGCACGGCCGGGUUCCAGCGAUGGGAGUGAUCCCAAAGUGAAUCAGGAUCAUGACGGCGCGCCUCCGGCAGUUCCUGGAAGCAAUGGAACUGUCAACCUGGCACGCAAAGCAUGGCCCUGGGUGGUCAUGAGAGACGAGGUGUCUGUGGGGCAUGAAAAGGCUUGGAACCAUCUCCCGUUCGAUUCUCUCCUCGCUCUACCGAAGGAGGGACCGCCCAUGGAUCCUGCACUGGCUGCAGAGGAUACGUCCCUGGUCUCCAGCGAAACUCACUCCAAGGAGCCAACUGCAAAGGCAUCCAAGUCGUCGGGUGAAUCUGAUAUUCCGCUCGUCCAGCCACGGAUCUAUGUCUCUGAGGAGGCCGCCUGGGUCGCCAUCACAGGCCAUGGGCCUGACUACAAGCGCAUUCCCCUGCUCGAGUGGAGAUGUCUUCUGGGCAUCGCUUCCGCUGGUAGAGAAGGCAUCAUUCAGGGCGACCUCCGCCAACUGGUCAACCAGGACAAGCGCUCCGUCCCCAAGCGGACUGACUUCCUCGCUGCGAAAGGCUACAUCGAGAAGCGCACCAUCAUCGCCAGAGCUACAAAGACAAGCAAGCUAUGGAUCACCAAAUUCGCCCCCCCAGAGCUCACACCGGUCCGUACCCGCCAAUUUGGACAGGCCCAAGGGUUCAAUCUUACCCAAGACUUCCUGACCAAAGAUCUGGACCCUGUCCCUUGGUGCGACCGCUGGACUGGCUCGUCAAUCGACCAUCCCAUAUUUAGCCAGACCGCCCUCGCCAUUGUCAGGGCUUGGAAUGUGAUGAGGCUCACAGACCUCAAGAUGAAGAUGGGCAUCCACGGCCAGAAAUGGCAGAUGAGGGUUCUUGCCAGAACCUUUCGCAGACUGGCAACCAUGGGGCUCGUUAGAUACGUCGCCGCGAUGCUACCCGGCCGGCGCCAGGUCUUGAAAGAUUGCGUCAAGUGGAUACGUGAGCCGACAGAGGAAGAAUGGGCUGAGCACUUGGCCACCGGCACCAAGCAUUCGCAAUACUCAGACCACUCCCAUGACCGGCAGCCCAAAGAUAUUGUCGCUGCUGCUGGUGCACAAAAGCCGGCUCUGGCUCAGAACGCUGAGGAUGCUGCAGGAGAAAAUGCGGAAGACGAGGAGGAUGAGCAGAUCUUACCCGCAAUACGUUCGCCUUGGGACAUUGACAAGCCCUUUGCAAAUCAGGUGUUUGAAGAAGUCAAGCGGGCUGGUCCUCGUGGAGCCACCAACCCUAUGAUUAGCACGGCGACGAUCGGCUUUGCCUUUCGCCGCUACAUUUAUGCCUGGCUGCAGCAAGCCGCCAACCGAAACUGCCAGCCAGCACAUCUAAGGCAUUUCCAGAUCCAAAGCCAGCUUGUCCGCAUUGGCAAGACAGAGGCUUAUGUAUUCGCCGCCAAGGAGACAUCUCAAGUGAACAAUCCCGCGGACGACAACACCCAACAAGACCAGGAGAUGCCCAUUGAUGAGCCGGUGCAGAUCGCCUCUAGCACCUCUGCUUCUUUCCGAUUCUCUGCGCUCCCUAGCUUCAUCUCCAGCCAGGCCGAUAUGCCCUCCCUUUCUGACCUGAGCCUCAAGCUGGCAAGUAAGCAUCGUCCCGUACGGCAGUAUCGGCGGGCGAGGACAGCGCUCCCUGAGCACUCGGUCGCACCUGGAGCCGGCGUUGCAAGUUCUCCAGUUGAGGCUGUCGCUCACCAAACUGAGAAUGAGGCUGCCAUAGGAGUCGAGGCUGCUGCUCACCAGACUGAGAAUGAGGCUGCCCGAGGUGAGGAGAGUGAAGGAGAGAAAGAGGCCGAGAUACCUCCCGAGCCCAAGCCGAUUGGCGCAUUUCUCGCUGCACCAGGAUCUUUGGAUCUCAACCCGAGAAGACAGGGACGUCCGAGAAAGUCUGUUGUUAUCUUGGUGAGGUUGGAACAGCUCAAGGAUCCUGAGUUUCUGAUCAAACGUCGUGGUGCGGAGACGACCACUCCCCCCCAGACACAGACACCAGACAUGGAUAUGACAACUCACGAUGAGGCUGGUGCCGAACCCAGCAGCUCCAAGAAGAGAAAGGCCGAGGAUCGAGCUUCAGGAGAAGAGGCUUCUGACCCAGCCGUCUUGAAUGUCGAGACUCGUUACAAUGGAGCGAAAGGAACUCUGGUCUUUUGCGAAGCCGAUAGGACGAUUCGCUUUGAAGCUACCGCUGCGGAUGGCAGCGAGCCACUUGUCAUCAAAAUCGAUGAUCUAGCUUCCGACCCAACAACUCGAGACGCUCCUGGAGGCGACGAUAAGGCACUGGUUCUCAAUGCCCGAGAAGGCGGCAGUGAUGCGGUUUGGCCGUACAUUUUUCUUCUGGGCAACACACCAGAGGCAAGAGAAAAAGCCACGUCGUUCCAAGAGGCUGUCAUCCAUGCAAGGAUCCAGGAAAAGGAUGCCACACCAGUCGACGAAGAAGCUCCUGAGGCAGGAGCUGAGCAGGAUGCGAACGAAGAUGGUACUCAGCCACGCAAGGGCAGGCCUCGUGGGAAAAAGAAUGCUAGAAAGGGUGGCGCGGCUUCGUGGAAAUGCGACCAGUGUGGUGGUACCUGGAAGAAUGAUGUUGGCUUGAAGUACCACUUGACAAAAUCUAAGACGUCCUGCAACAAGGACUACGUCCCCGAGACGAUCUUUGAAGACCGCCCCAGGAAGCGGCAGAAGGUGCAGCGUAAGCUAUAUGAGCUCGGCCCGAGCUUCACAGAACCCCCGACCACGGCCAGGGCGCCAGCGCCAGUUCCGGCUCCGGCUCUGGCUCUGGCUCCAGCUCAAGCAAUGACCUCGACCCCGGCCCCGGCCCCGACUCCAGGUCCAGCCCAGCUAUCACGCUCGCUCAGGUCCAACCCCGAGAAAAUUGCUUCGAAACCGCAGCGUCAUCUCAUGACCCGGAAAUCUAGCGCGAUCAAUAUGACGAGCCUUGCUCCCCGGGGCUUCAUGGUUGAUAUAGCCCAACCGCCGGAUCCCGCACAGACACCGAUGAGACGGACCACGCCACCUCCCAUUGCACGUCCGACGGCCACCGAGCAGCGUACUCGCCUUCCAGUCAGCUCGAAGCCCACCAAGGCCGUGUCGAAGCAGAUUGAGGUUAUCAGUGUACCACAGACUUCAAAAGAGCCAGCCAACCGGGCGCAAGCCGAAACGGACUUCAUCGCUGGCCCAAACCAAACAUCGCAUGCCGACAUGAUGUUCCUUGACCCUCGGCUGCGAGGCAUUGAUCGCUCACCCUCGGUUGUGGGCCACCGAAACUCUGUUCAGGAUGCAAGUCCCUCGGGAGCGAACCAGCGCAUGCCUGUUGGCGAGUCGCGCCAGCCACUUGGUGAACAGCCUUUGACCUCCAACAUCCAGCUUUCUCUCUCUGGACAGCCUGGUGGACUCAUCAAUCAAGACGAAGAUCAUCGCUUAGAUACUAGCAGCGGCCUUUACGAGACGCCGGCCGCGAGUCAAGAUAAUGAAGAGCCCUACGACCAGUCUGAAUUCACAAGCGCGACAUUUGAGCUUCCCUGCCGCCCGCCGCCUUUCUUCAUGCCAGCAGGCAGAGACCUGGCAAGAAUGACAGCUAGUCAAGUCAGGAUUCAUCAAUCCGAGGAGAUCAUCAAGUACUUCCUAGAGCACAACGGAGGCGUCUUUCCUGCCCAGCAGGCACUUUGGUUCGCAGUCAUCACAACUUUCCUCAAGGCGUUCCCCGAAGAGAACCCACCGCGCAAGAGUGUUUGCACUAGAGCUCUCAACAAACUGAUCAAAAAGAAGAUGGUGUCUGAGCAUGUGUUCGGAUUCAGGCAUAGGAUGACGAAAAUCGUACAUGUUCGAAUCCUGGUCAAGACCGGUGUGAGCCCCAACGGGCCGGUUGCGAAGGCCCUCAAGGAGAAGAUGCAGGCAGCUUACCCCCGCAACUAUAUCCCACCGGCGUUCUCUCCCAACGAAGAAGACCUCAAGGCACUCGAGGAUAUGGAACCGGAUCUUGAGCGCGACAAGAACGUUACUACUCAGCGUGCUAUAGCUGAGGAAAUCGAAGUGCUUGCAGCGCCGUUCUAUGAACGUCAGUCUCCAAGAAAGCGGAGGGCCGCCGACGAUGAAGGCUUUCCUCUACAUGAUUAUGACAGGAGCAAGAGGAGAGCGGAUUAUGACAUCCGCGAAGGAAGCCCACCAAGCAACAACAAGAUGGCUCCAAGAGACUGCCAAGAACCGGCCCGUGAUGUCGAUAUCUUGGACAUGGAAGGACCUGAUGUGGAAGAUGGCCAGGAGGGACUGCACUACGCCGACCAUUGGGAAUAUGAGGAUCCCAGUGCUGCAGGGCGGAUGUCUUUGACUAAUGCUUUCAAGCGCUAUCACUUGACAAGCCGCCGCCACAGGAGGAAGAAUCAUCUUGCGUUGCAGGAAGUCUAUGAUUUCGAAGCUCCAUCCUCGCCGAGAAGCACCGAGUUGGAUGAGAGGAUUGAAGAGAUGUUUAAUGAACCCCUCCUCAAGUUUUCUCGUCCACAGAUUGGGGGCUCUUCCAACCUUCCCCAAGUCAACCUUACCUUCCUAGAGCCGAACGCAUUUUUGGAGGAUGACCCAGAGCAGGAUAGCAGUAUUUCACGAUCACCCACUCCUGUGGAAGGACUUGCUGGAGCGGCUGGACUGCCGGUCGUGCUUGAGGCACCCUUGCUGCCCGAAGGACCGGCAGUACCACAAGUACCAGAAAUGCUCAUGGAACAUGAAGCACAUGCACUGGUGAAGACACAGCCUAGAACACGCAAGACGAAGGCCGGGAAGAAACGCGGACUGAAACCCAGAGUCUCGUUCGCCCAAGAAGGGACAGAAGAGACCCCAGAAAAUGUCUCUACUAUUCACAGAGCUGGUGCUCUUUCAGAAGAUGCCAGAACAGAAGGGCACGCCGGUGCUCAAGAUGCCAUGCAGAGCAUUACAUCCACAACGACUGCUGUCGGACCUUGGACCGAGACGAUAGUCCUCCAGGGAGCUUCUACAUCGUCCACUGCUGUUCCCAACCUUCCAAACUCUUACUUUGAGGAAAAUUGCGAAAUGAGUUUUACGCUCAAGGGCUGGCAGCCUGAUCUGGGCUUCAUCUUGCGGAGCCAUCUGCCACAAUCCCUCGCAGACAUCGGUGCCGUUACCAGAGGAUUCUUCAGGCGAAAUGUAUGGGCUGAUCCGGACUGGGCUGAUUUCAACCAGAAGGUUGAUGGCUGCCUGAAGUGGGAGCUGUCACAAAAUGGGAUGUUUUUGUUGUCAAUUCCAGCCCCCACGACCGAAUAUUUCUUUAUGAAUUUCGACGCACCCCGAGUCACAGAUCCCAAUCCCAGCCAGCCAAUCAAUCUUGAGUGGGCUGGGGAGAACCAAUUCACCAUGAGGACCAUUCCAUACCAGGCUCUCAUCGAGGAGAGCGGCAAGGAGCCCGACAUUGAAGACUACGAAGAUUGGAACAUCUCAACCAAGACCGACCAUAAAUCUCCAAGCAGGAGAAAACCUGGCCGUCCACGGGGUUCUCGGAGCAAAACGCGUCGUCGCAUAAUACCUCGUGCAAGACGUCGGGGAACGCGGGUCAGUGCGCCAAAACUGCCCGUCUUCAGAAAGACGCGGGAGCAUACAACGUACCCACACUACCCGGAAGACCACUUCCAGGAUAUGGAGGAGAUGGACGAUGUGGACUGGAAGGCCGACGACACUCGCAUUGCUGCGUUUGUUGCCGUCCGUACUUUGCUCGGAGGAGUCGAUAAAGUUCCCGAUUGGGGCGUCAUGUUGCGGAUCUUUCCCGACUCGAAAAUCUCCAACCUCCGGCAAUUCUGGGUCAACAUCAAGAAGGAGCGCCAGCUCUACAUCGACAGCCUCACGGCCAAGUUCCAGGAAGCCUUUCUUGAGGCGUACGAGAAGAACGAAGUUGCCCCGUUGGAUUACGACAAUGUCCUGGCCUAUGAUUGGAGACGACUCGUGUCCUGGACCACGAAGUUGGUAGUCAACGACGCACAACUCCUGCCUGCAAAGCGUGAAGUGGUGCAAAAGGAGUACUCGAUAGUGAAGAGUGCUGCCAGGGGGGGGGAGUGGCAGGAGCGGUAUUACCAGAAUGUGCGUUCUGUGUGGAAGAGGUUCCAGGACGCGACGUCGGAAGCUGCCGCAUUCUCUCUCGAGCCGGAGGCUGCGGGUGGAGAUCUAUCAACCGACGACACAAUCGCAAGGUCUUGGCUCCGAGCCCUGUGCCGCACACCGCCAGCGAAGUAUUCUCCAGAUGCUGUCCGGGCAGCGCUGCUGAAGCUCGGCGAGCGCACGGAUAGGGAGAUCAACGAGCUCCUGAACACGGCGCUCAAGGCCCUCCGGAACAACCGCGUGAUCAAACAGACCAAGAUCAACACGCACAGCACGCCUGAUAGGCCCUACCAGUUCAGCGAUCAUUGGAUCAACCAGCUCGACAAGCAGUCGCAGCGCGAAAAGUUCAUCCAGGCCGGGCAGUUCAAGACCCAUCUCGACGAGUGCUUCCGCAAUGGCAAGGCGUACGAUAUUCCCUACAGCGUAGACGACGGCGCAAUCCUGGUGUUGAUCAACCUCCAGGCCCACGGCCGCAUCCGGAUCGAGCCUGUGGGACUCGAGGACAUGACGUUCGGCUUCGACCCGGGCAACUACGAGUCGAGAAAGUACCCCAAGGAGUACUACCACUUCGACACGCGCGCCGUACCCACGGACCUCUACAGGUACAACGAAGACAUCGAGGACGUCGUGUGUCGUGCGGACGGCGUGCAGCGCCCCGGCCGGGGCCCGCGUGGCGAGCUCGGAGUCUGGUGCGAUUUCUUCGGCCAGGUGGCGCCGGAGCCGUGGGUCAAGGUCAUGGGGGCGGUGGUGUUCAGCAUCGCCACGCGCGGCUCCAUGGACGCGUCGCAGCUGUCCUCGGCCCUGAAGCCGCUGGUGGAGCCGUUCGAGGCCGGCAUGAUCCUCGACUGGGCCGUCCGAGCGGGCAUCCUGGCGGCGCCGGUGCAGAACAAGGGCUGGACGACGAAGGAGUGGUGGUGGUUGGUCGUGGCGAGGGAGUAUGAGCGGAUGGAAGGGGCCGGGUUCGGAACUGCUUGA